AUGGAUGUCGUCGGUUUCCUUCCUUCCUUUCCCUCGACUGGCGCACGGAGGCUGCUUUCGUCAGUCAGUCAGUCAGUCCGUCGGUCGGUCGUCGUCGUCGUCGAAGAAGGUUCACGGGACUUUUUCCUUUUCGAGGUUCCGCCGAAUUUUAUGAUUCCUCCGCGCCGCGCCUCCCGCUGCCCGCUCCGCGAGACGUUCGUCAUAGCCGUCGCGGCCCGCUCCGAUCGGUUCCGCUCCGCUCUGCGGGAGAUGGAGAAAGAAGAGCGCGGCCGACGACGACGACGACGACGAAGAGGAGGAGGAGGAGGAGGAGGGCGAAGGGUGCCUCGGAAGAAAGAAGAAGAAGCAGACGAGAGCGCGACGACGAGGAGCAGGAGGAGGAGGAGGAGGAGGGGCGCAGAGGCAGCGGAGGACUCUGCGCUUGCUUCGAGAGAAGAGAAGGGAGCGGAGGCCGAGCGCGGAGAGGCAGUCGUCGCAGAGAGGGAGGAAGGGAGGAAGGAAGGAAGGUGA